GUCGUAGACGGUGGUCGCCUCUGCGUUUCCGCGUGCGCACUCGAGAGUGCUGGUGCACGCGUGCACGCGUACACACGGUUACGCGGCUACAUUGAUAAACAUGAAAGCAGCAGGUCGGUAACAAUCGUCGCGAAUCGCAGUUGCUACUCGGUCGCGCGAGCCGCUCGUUGCGACUCAUCGAAUUUUCCAAAGAUUUCACUCGCUCCUCGUUCCCCCUUUCCCGAAUAGCGUACUCGUGUACGCAUACGCAAAUCGGCACACCGAUUUAUACCCAGUUUUUAUCCAUGACGAUCGUAGUUGACCGUUGACCAAGUAUAUUUCUUUUCCGUUUCGUUAAAAAGCGAUGCGAUUACGUAAAUCGUGGAUAACUUUUGCGAAUAAUCUGUCUUUCGUCGACUCGAUAUUUAUAAACACACCUGCAGACUUGGAAACGUUUGGCCGAGUUGCUCGGUGCGAGCAGUUUCGUUUACGAUUCGCGACAGAGUUUUUCGAAACUGCGUGCCGCAGACCUCGAUUCGCUCGACGGGCAAGGUAGUCGCAUGGAAAAUGGUAAAAUGCCGAGCGCGUGAGGCUCGUUAGCGCGCGAAUAGCGAGCAGGGACUGCGCACAAAGGACGCCCGGUUACGCAAUCGAAUAGCGACAUUGGUGACAAUCAUCGAAUUACCCGGGAACCUCGAUCGAUCGUAGUUUCGCGCGAUUCUCGCCAGAAGAGCCUCGUUGCGCGAAUCCACCGCUAACUCGACGACAAUCCAACGAAUUCGACAUCCGAAAUUCGCGUCCAUGUUGCGAAGAAGGAACGCCAGGUUGUCGAGAUAUCAGUCUAGCUUGUUUCGAAUACUCCUCGAUUUCGCGAGGUUCGGAGGAACGUCGUAAUUCGUUGGAACGGUUAUAGAUUGGCGGUAAGCUUCCGCUAAACGAUCUAGGCGUCGUGCUAAUGUCGUGUUUACGCGGGACAAACAACGCGACGUAACUCUGUGGAAAAAGUGGAAUUUACAGUGAUUACGCAAUAGCGUUGGACAAUGGCCGUGGAUAGAAUGGAGAACUCGGGAGGAGGAGUGGUUAUCGUCUCCAGUCCAACGGCGAAUUUCGUGGCUCGAUCGCGUGACAGCGGCUUAAGGCGCUAAAAUAGAGCCUGUAGAGCAUCAGUGUAGUCGACAAGUCGGUGCCAGAACGCGGCUACGCAUUUAGUCUUUAACUGGAAGCAUCCGCGCGCGGAACAGGCCUCGCGAGCGAGGGCCAGCGAAAACGCGAGUUAUCCUCGAUCGGGUGGCACCGCCCAACGCUUUCAGGGAUCCUUUCGUCGAAACGAAUCGAUUCGUAACCGUGGAACGACGAUGUGAAGCAUCGCGAUUCGGAGGAUGCAACAAGUGAGUGGAGGCAGGGAGCAGUGGAGGAAAGGGGGCCGUGAUGUUAGAAGUUACCAUUCGCGAGUCGCACCGCUGAUCCCUGCGUCACCUCUGACCCAGCCUCGUGUCACCGCUUCCACGUUCCCCGACUACGGAAUGAUGAUCGUUUUCGAAACGAAAGGAUACCCAAUUCCGACGCGAUCGUACAGAGCCAAUGCGUCACGGUGAAAGUAUUUUCUUCGUUCGAUCCUCGUUCUCCCUACGUCGUCCGAUCGGUUUGGUUGUAUCGUCGACCUACGUACCGGAACCUCUAAGUCCCUUCACCGAUUCUUUUGAUGCGUCGGAUAGGACCGACGGUGAUCGAAAAGUGUUCGGAGAAAGCAUUCGCGAGUAGUCGAGAAUCCAGGCAGAUCAAGGGGGAGAGAAGUCUUCGGAGUGGAAUGGAUGUGAAAAGAAAGGAACCUCAACCGAACAAUCUCGAGGAAAAUCAAUUUCUCUGGAUGAUCUGUAAAGCCAGUAUCCCUCGAAUAUUGGUCACGAGUUUGCUCGCUUUCGGUCGAUACUGCGCAGAUCAUAUGCCAAAGAAAAUGACCCUGGGCUGCCUUCGAAUCCUGGCCGCGCUGCUGGUAAUCGUAAUGCCUCGAACGCUCACUUACGUUCUGCUAUAUCCGAUUUUCAGAUUAGUGUUCGGCAACUUGUACCCGGCCUACGCUUCGUACAAGGCAGUGAGGACGAAGAACGUGAAAGAAUACGUGAAAUGGAUGAUGUACUGGAUCGUGUUCGCGCUGUUCACGUGCGCGGAAACCUUCACCGACGUCUUCUUUAGCUUUUGGUUUCCGUUUUACUACGAGAUGAAGGCCAUUCUCGUGAUCUGGCUGUUAAGCCCAACCACCAAAGGUUCCAGCAUUCUCUAUCGACGAUUCGUGCAUCCCGCUUUGAUUCGCCGCGAGUCCGAGAUCGACGAAGCUCUGGAACGCGCGACAGAGCAGGGUUACAAGGCAAUUUUGCACCUCGGUUCGAAGGGUGUGAAUUACGCUACCACGGUUUUCAUGCAAACCGCUAUCAAGGGCGGCGGUGGUCUGGUACAGCAUUUAAAGAAGAGUUACAGCCUGAGCGACCUGACCGGCGAGAAACAGGACGAGAAUAGAAACACGCCACACAUGCACGACGAGACGGACAUGGAAGUGGAACCUCGUCGAAGAGAACACGUUGGGAGAAGAGGGUACAGUCCUCGUCGAACGCAAUCGGGCAACACUCGGGUAGAGAUGUAUUUCUCUGAAGUGGACGUGGAUGUUAGACAGUCAAGGUCUAGGGAGCCAACGACUAGCUUAACUAAUGUAAGGUCUUCGGACGACAUAUCUAGCGGAUACAGCAGUGGGGAAGCGCUACAAUCCAGCCGUGCAUCUCAAGGCGAUUCGUUAGUUCGAACAUCGAGCGUCGGUGCAAGAACACGCGCAAAACCUCGCUCCACCAUGAAGAAGACCCCAGAGGACUCGGGAGAGGAUUCCGACAGCAUCGAUCCUCCUUCUUCCAAAAACAUCUCAUUUCCGACACCUCUAAAUCUCGUGACUCCCGAACAAGCACUCGAGAUCUUGCUUCUGCUCUCGCAAAACAAUAUCAAGCUUCGCUACCCUCCCCCGCAGCAAGAAGACAAGUAAGAAAAAGGUGGCAUGAAAUUUAGAGACUGCUGAUCGUAUAAAAGAAUAAGACCAAGCGUUAUCUUUCGAAUGCAAUUUAUUUGAAUGUCAAUGCGCAUGCACGUCAAUGUGCAGCGAUAAACGAUCAGCAGCGGUACAUCUGAAUCAACUGAACACACCGAGAUGCAUAAUGCAUUGCGACAUUGUGCCCUAGCACUAGCGUUACUCGAAUCGUUUGUACAUACUUUCUUCAUAAUUUCAAUUUCAGUUUCGCAAACGAGAUUUUCAUCGAUUAUAUUCCAGCGUCUAGUUAAGUAGAUAUAGCAAAACAUACUCGAUCGAUCAGUUUCCAUUAAUAAGGCAACAGAUAGGUAAAAGAAAAAUCAAUCGAUCACGACGGACCUGUAACACCGUUGCUCACGGUCAUCCAAAAGAUUCUUAGGUCUCGUGUUAUGCUUUUUAUUGCGUAUCCCGAUACUCGUGCGUAAUGUCGUUUGUAUAUGAACAAUACGGUUCAAUCGAGUUUUAUAUAUAUAUGUUUAACUAUUACGAGGGAAAACUUGCGGUGCUUGUCGCACACGAUUAUUGUUGCUUACGAUCAAGCUUAGAUUUUACUGACAGAGACACGCGAUGUAUGACGAUACGCUGAUAUACGAAAUCGCAUGGAAUCCCGUUUCUAAGCUUUUCUAAAACUCUAUAGUUCUGACGUUUCGUAAAACGAUUCGAUCGUUGUAAAAAGAGUGGAACAUGCCGAGGAACACGCGAAAUUAAGCGUGGACAAUUGUACUUACGAGAAGGGGAUGAAUUCCGUGGAAUCUAGUCAACAAAUAAAACAUACUCAGGCAACUCUCGAAUAGUGCCACUUAACUUUCUAUAAUUCGUCUAUAUAAUUGUAGUUAGCAAUGAUACGGAAGCGUGAUUAAUCGAUAAAUGACUGUAUGAAACGGGUCAUCGCACUUUUUCACAGAAAUUAGGGAACUCGAAGUGCUGCAUAUAGCUGAAACGAAGCCAUAGAUAAUUUAUAAGAGCCCGUUAACGACCAGAGACGUAUCUAUAAUUCUGGAACACUGCUGAGGUUCGACAUGGUAGCUGAUCGCUUUUCUGUAUUUUUAUUCCAGCAGUUCCCAAUUGAAA